UGACAAUCGAAGAUAGACAUGGUAUGAGCGUUGUUGAAUUUCUUAGAGGUUCUGGAAAUGAAAAUUUCUUUCCUGCAUUUGUGGUACAUGUUCAUUGUAUUUCAAGUUUGCUUCUGUCUUCGUCUGCGCUCCCUCCGCAUUCCGGAGAGCUGGCCUUCUGGAUUGGACGUCGAACUCGUUUGUGAAUUCGAUUUGGAAGGGGACACACUUUAUGCCAUCAAAUGGUUCCAUAACGGCGAGGAAUUCUACAGAUUCUGUCCGUCCGAAGAUCCUAGCACUAUGUUUUUUCCCGCCAGGGGCAUCAACUUAGAUGUGCAUCGAACGACAAAUACAUCAGUGGUGCUGCGUGAUUUGGAGCGAAUAUCUACUGGUUAUUUUCGUUGUGAAGUUUUGGCUGAUGCUCCCCAUUUCCAGACAGUGACAGCGGAAGCCUUUAUGACUGUGGCAGAUAACUACAGUGCUGUUACCAGAAAUUCAAGUUCUACUUUUCUUAUAGCUGUUGUUUAUAUUUUAAUAAAAUUUCAUCAUGUGAGAUAUAUGCUUGGAUUGAAUUGA